AUGGGUCGCAUGCAUUCGAAGGGUAAGGGUAUCUCCAAGUCGGCUCUGCCGUACAGCCGCACGCCUCCCUCGUGGCUGAAGACAUCGCCCGAGGAGGUCGUCCAGCAGAUUGUCAAGCUGGCCCGUAAGGGUGUGACGCCUUCGCAGAUUGGCGCUCAGCUUCGUGACAGCCAGGGUAUUGCCCAGGUCCGCUACGUCACUGGUAACAAGAUUCUCCGUAUCCUCAGGAGCGAGGGUCUCGCCCCUGAGAUCCCUGAGGACCUCUACCACCUCAUUAAGCGUGCCGUCUCCGUGCGCAAGCACCUUGAGCGCAACCGCAAGGACGCCGACAGCAAGUUCCGUCUCAUUCUUAUCGAGUCGCGUAUUCACCGUCUCACGCGCUACUACAAGACCACGGGUGCCGUUCCCCCUUCGUUCAAGUACGAGUCGUCGACGGCCUCGACCCUUGUGGCUUAA